UUUAAUACUUGGCGUGCCUUUUUUACUUUUUGAAGUUUAAAAAAUACACCUAGAAUUAAUAGUACAUUAUAAUACUAGGACGAAAAAGUUUUUCGUACGCGUGUUAUACGAAAUUUUAUAUUACGAGGUGCGGAAAUGAGGGUUUUGUGUACGCGCAGCGUACGCAAAAGCGUCCAUUUACGUACCGCGUGAUAUAAAAUAAUAAAAGUCAUUUUCAGACAAGUUUUCAGUCAAGACCUACUAAUAUAACGUCGACACGAAAACAUAAGACAAAACCAACUAUCGACUUCCUAUAACCAGAAAGUCCAAUAUUCAGGAAAAUUAUUGGCCUGGAAAGUUAGGUUCAUGAAGGGCUGAACUUCGUACAGGGGAAAGUUUCGAAAAUCAGAAUAUCGAAUAAUCAUUUAAUAGAAUAUAAUUCAUGCAUUUUAUCUUCACAAAUAAAAGGUUAAGAUGAUCAAAACUCGGAAAAAAUGAAAUUUCCAUAGAUCAAAACUCCGAAAUGACACUACCUCGAAAGGUCAAAACUUCGAAAUUUUUUUCCUGGACGACCGAAAAUCUAGUGGUGCUAGCUGCCAUCUAAACGCGUCAAGCCUACUUGCUAUCUGCGUUACGAAUGAGUUUUCGAAAUUUUGGACGUGUUCUGAACGUUCUUUUUUGGAAUGUUAAGUUGUUUGAACUGCAGUUUUUGGAAAAUAAGAUGAUCAGACAUAUGGGGUGCGUUCCACUUAUCGCCCACAACGCUCUCGCUCGCGACGAUCAAAAUCUCGUUCCACUAACUGCUGGCGCCACGGGCGAAAAUUUUAUGUGGAACGCUCAUGUGGCUCAUGUGGUAGCAAACGUCCGGCCAUAUUGUUUUGUGCGAAAUUUCAAGUGACAAUUAAAAUCUCAAAUUGGGGUAAAAAUUGGAGUAUUAGAAAGAAAAUGGAUAAGAGUGAAUUUGUGAGUACAGUUUUAAUGAAACGAAAAAUAACUGAUGAAUCUGAAAGCUCAUCAAGUUCGGAUGACAUGUGGGAAGCUUCACUGGAGAGAGGAGAACGACAUUUAUGCACACGAAUCGUAGGUUAUGAGGAUGUAAUUACUAAUUAUACGGAUCGGGAGUUUAAAAGUCAUUUCAGGUUGGUAUUUUUUAAAAUGUGUCUUAAGUUGAUCGCAGGUUAACUACUUUCAAUUACUUUUUGGUCAAUUGUUUGCAGAAUGUCAAGAGCUACAUUUCAAUACCUCCAUCAAAUCAUAGAACAAGAUUUAUUAAGAAAAAUCAAGGGUUGUCCUACUAUUCCAUCACAAACGCAGCUAAUGAUAGCUCUUUGGAAGAUGGCCACCCCCGAUUCAUACAGAUCUGUCUGUGAUCGUUUCAACGUUGGAAGAGCGACUGCGAUUCGAGCUGUACGGAGAGUUACACAUGCAUUAUUCAAGCGUGCUCCAUUAUUUAUAAAAUGGCCUGCAGGAGAUCAAGCUCAAGCAAUCAUGCAAGGAUUUGAAGAAAGCAGUGGGUUCCCAAAAGUUAUCGGAGCAAUCGAUGGUACCCAUAUUCAUAUCAUUGCUCCGAAAGAGGAUGCGGUAUCUUACAUUAACCGAAAAGGAUACCAUUCAAUCCAAUUGCAGUUGGUAUGCGAUCACAGAUGCAUAAUAACAAAUUGUUACACUGGAUAUCCUGGCUCUGUGCAUGAUCAACGAAUCUUUCGUUUAUCAGAAGUAUCGCAGUUCUUGAAUGAUGACGAGAGAUUUCCAUCCAACAGCCACCUCGUGGGAGAUGCUGCAUAUGAAUUGCAUCAACAUCUUCUAACACCCUUUCGAAAUAAUGGAUACCUCACGCGGAAACAGGAAAACUUCAACUACCGACAAUCAGCAGCUAGAGUAUCAGUAGAAAGAUGCAUUGGAUUAUUGAAAGGACGAAUGAGGAGCUUAUUAAAUUGUCUGCCGAUGACUAGAGUCGAUUUGAUCGCUGAAUACAUUGUGGCCUGCUGUGUAGUGCAUAACAUUUGCAUAUUACGCAAAGAUGAGCUAGUUGUUGCCGUGAUACCUGAAAAUGCGAACGAAAACAGCGAAAAUGAUGAUGUUUUUCCCCCACUGAGGCAAAAUUCUGCAAUCCAUAAAAGAAAUAUGAUUAUGGAAAAUCUUAGGUGAAUUAAAUUUUGUUAAACUUUGUAAAUCGGUUUGUUUAAUUUUGUUACAAUUUGGUAAUUUUGCAUUCUCAUUCAUUUGAAAAUUUGUUUAAUACUUCUAAGAGUGUUCAUUUGUACCUGGAUAAUUGUUGGUAUUCGAAUUUUUAAUUAUAAUUCGAUAUGUAAUAGAAUUAUUAGAUAUGAAUAAAAUAUAAUUAUUUAAAAAGUGCCAAUGACAUUUUUUUUACCACCAUUUUUUUAUCUGUAUUACUGAAGCAAAUACUUUUUUCGAUCCAAACACCCGCUUUAUUGCUACCUUCCAUCCACUCUAUAUACACGAAACUUACCAAAGAGAAGAGUCAAUAGGAAAUCAAUGCGAAUUUAUUUUUCAUUAACAGUCAUAAUAUUUAUUUAUUGUUUAUUAGAAACAUAUCACAUUUUAUAUUACAAACGAUACAUAAAAAACAAUAGGCUUUUUUUUAAAAGACAAUUAGUCAUCACGGUUAUAGUGAUAAAAAUGAAAAAUAAAUAAAAGAUAUGAAAU